CCAAUAACAAGUAAAGAGAAAAAUGGCAGUGGUGAACACUCCUGUUUUGGCCUUGGCCAUGGUGAUGGUGGCAAUAGCAACCCUAAUGCCUGCUUAUUUUGGGGUUGCCGAAAUAGCAUGUGGAGGAGAUAUGGUCACACUUAGGAAACAAUGUGAGCAAUUUGUGAAAAAAGAUGGAAAAAUAAUGGACCCAAGCAAGGAGUGCUGCACAGAGGUAAUAAAAUUCGAUUUCACUUGCAUUUGCAAAAACUUAACACCUGAAAAGGAGAAGCUUUAUAGCCCAGAGAAGAUGGUCCACGUAGCAAGAUACUGUGGUCUAAAAGUUCAACCCGGUUUAAAAUGCGGAAGUUAUAUAGUUAAACCACCAUAUGCGGUGAUGGAAGAGGUCUAAACCACCAUAUAUGGUGAUGGAAGAGGUCCAAACCCAAGGUUGAAGCUUCACAAGAAGACAUAAUUCGAUAAUAAUAACAUGUAUUUUGUAUGUCUUUUCUAAGAAUUAAAUUAAAAAAAGUUUAAUUUAUGUUCAAA